AUGGGGUCGAAGAGUAUUCCUAAUGGACUUUGUAAGGAUAUCUACCAGGAGAUCCCACGGGGAUGCCAAGAAAAAAUUUCCCUUUUGAGCAGGGAGGAAGUCGAGGCUAUUCUGCACAUGUAUGAUGACAGUACGGCGGGUGAUGAGGGGAUGGGUGAAGUAACACAUAGUGCAGCAGCUACGGUGGCCUCAGGUGUGACGGGCCAAACAAAUCGUCUUCAAGUACGCUUAGCGGGGCUACCAAUGUUUCUGCAGACAGAGGCGCUUGUUCUCCGGCGUCACGAGCAACAGUACAGGCAGUAUAUGAAGGAGCUCAUUGAGAUAUCAGAGUGUAUAAUCAUGGUGUGCGAUGGAACCCUACGGGAGCGGUUGCCCAACGCGGCGUCGCACAUCGCGGAGGAUUCACUGGCGGCUCGUCGCGCGAAGGAUGCCGCUCUGAGGCGAAUGUCACGCCGUGCCGAAGAAGUUGAAAUAUGUGCUCGUAAAGAGGCAGUCGAACGUGUGCGUAGUGCGCAACGAAUGGUGUUGGCGGCUGCCGUCGCGAGGCACCGGAAGAGGGAAAGGAGAGAGGCGGGACAUGAAGACGUCGAUGAGGCAUUGGACACGCGCAGACGGCGCAUGUGA